AUGCCUGGACUGGAUGCGACGAAGGCGUAUGAGAACAUUGGCCAUUCCGAGGUAUGCAUGACCGUGAAAGAGGCAGCCGUGCGAUUGAUGCAGUCGACGAGCCCUGCACCGCCCUCGCCCCCGCGGAAGCCAGCAUUCAUAUGUAUUUACACAGCCCUGGCCCCGAUCCCCGUCGGCGGUGCAGCAGUGAGGUUGUACUACAUCCUCCAGGCUCGAGCUGCCUUGCCUGCGCGAUGGACGGCGCUUCCGGAGCGUCGGAGUAUCUUGCACUGGGCUCCUUCGCCCCAUGCACUUGCAAACACCGGGGGGUUCUGGACUGGGUUUGCUGCUGCAACCGGCAUUGGUACCCUUCUGGUCUCGGUGGGCGCAUCGAAGCUAUUGCGCAUGACUCACAUCAAAUCCGGCUUCACCAGGUAUCCACCCUACGUGAAGUGUCGCAAGAGGGUGCGCGCCAACCCCUGGAUCAAUGUCACUGGUGUUCCCUGCAUCCGCUGCGGCCAGGACGAUGCGGAAUGUGUUGUGGAUCAUCCGGUCGAAAGGUCAAUGUCUUCGGCUCAACAAGCUCAACGUUUGCAUGAUGGUCAUGGAGGAGUUUAG